AUGGCCUCCCUUGGCAGAUUGACGAAUUCCAUUGUCUCAGCCAUCAACGAGAACAACAUCUCGCUGGCCAACCUCAACUUCGACUUCUCUCUGGUGACUGUGCAGGUACCGCCAGAGUACACCGGGCUCGGCAGCGCCCUCACAGUGCGCCGGCGCGAAAAUGCCGAAAACGGCGCUGCCCACCGUACCGCACGGAGGCUCGGUGCUCUGUUCGAGUCUGUGAUCCCUAAUACGCCCCGACUGCUCGCCGUGUACGGCCAGCGCGCAUCUGAGAUCGUGGCUUCGCCCGGGGUGAACCCGCCUCCAAACGCCAAACAGCAUGGACCCUUCGCCGACUACGUUGGCGCCGAGGCAACCUCCAUCUGGGCCGCCGCUACUUCGGGGAGUUCUUCCAUUGCCGUACACCUCCUGGCCUGCCUGCUGGCCCGUGCGUUUGACGACCCGGCCGUCGCUACCUCGGUUCUGGCAGAGCUGGUCGUGGAGCGGCAGCGCGAGGUUGAAAAGAUGGUAAACUCGAGCUUCAGUCUCUCGGCCGCCCAGUUCGCAGCUGUCAACGCUGCCAGCCAGCAGUUUCAGCGCGAGGAGCUACGCCAGCUGGACGCCAACGCGAGGGCCUGGCUGCGGUGCGCUGACGCUGCCAUGGUCCGCGAGCACACGCAGCUCCAGCUCAUUGUGAAGAACAUCAGCCUCCCCGUCCUCGGCGGCGGUGCUUCGCUUUACUCAGAGGUCAUCAGCGUCUGGAAACAUGCCAUGGCCGGUCUCGAGAGAUUCCUAGGCGGCGAACCACAAAGCGUGACAAACGGGGGGAUCCUGCUGGCCAUAUCCUCGUGGCAUCUGUACCCGAACCUUGUCGUUCUCGGUGAUCCGGUCAAGACAGUUGACACCAAAGACUCCCUUCUCAAGGGUGCCGGCGUUAUUACGGUAGGCAUGACGAGGAAUUCAGCAGCGAGCGGUCAGCCUGCUGUCGGGGAGGAGACAGAGGGCAUCUAUUGGUCUCUAUCCCUCUCGCAUUACCGGUACUACGGAGCCCCGGUUCAGGUAGUCGGCGGGGUUGGCGAGCGGCUGACUAUUGAGGAACUCCAUAUGAUUGCUCUGGGGAGUCUCUUGGGUUCGUGGGAUGUUCCUCGCUCAGAUCUGUCCUCGGCAGCCCGAUGGGUCACGAAGCUGUGGUCCUGUGUAGAAAGGGCGAAACCAUCGCUCAAGCGGCCUUCAUGGCUCCGUAUCCUCGCCCAGACAGCUGAUCGGUUCAUUACCAUCACUCCUGAGUCAGAGAAGCAACAUUGCAACGCGCUAGUCGAGUUUGGGUACCGGCGGUUUCGAACUUUUCUGGGGACAACACGCGAACUAGGAAAGAGUGGGAGGAAGACGUGCCGAACUCUCCCGUGGUUGGGGCUCCGCUCCCAACAUGUGCUAAGUGCACUUUCAUGCAGCAAUCUGUCGGACGGCGCUAUUAGCUACCUGACGGGGGUUGCGGGCUCGGGUGGACUCGGACCCGGCGAUGCACUCAUCGUCCAGGUGUCGCCUGGGCGUAAUAAAAAAGGGCGAGACUGCAUGAAUCACGUCUAUGUAUCGCCUUUGCGCCGCCAAGACGAAAACGAGCUACGGAACCUCCCACCGGAUUCUGAUAUCCCGGCGCUAGAGUACGAAUCGGACGAGAAUCCUGGGUCAUCCACCACCCGCAACAGACACAAACACAAAUCCAGGGAGUCCGCGAGAGAACACGACGCUGGACGAGCGAUCAAACGAUAUUGGCAAGAGUGUAAAUUCGGCCGAUGGAAGGCUGCGUUCGAGAUUGACGGGAGGCCUGCGUCCCCGCCAUUAUUUUACCUAGAUGAACGCGGGUGGUUCACACAAAGCAAGCCUGAUGCUUCUACUGAUGAGGAGCCGGCGCCGGCCCUACGAUAUCAGGGCUUCCUCGGAACGGCUCAGAAAUCCUUCCGGCUUUGGCUAGCCGAGUCGCUGUCAGGAGGCAGACUCAAGGAGUUCGAGCGGCUGGUGCGCAAAUUACGCUCCGGGGCAGCUGAGACGCAGCUACCCCUUGACCUGGCCACGGCGAUGCUCGAGACCGAGGUGGUGCCUCUCCUCCUGUGGCAAUACCUCGAAGGGGCAGACCCGUAUGAGCCUGAUGAUCUUAUUUCAGAUUUCCUUGGACUAAUGGAGCAAGAACGAGAGGCGUGCCGGGAAGGCCUUCGCCCGUUUCGCAACCUAGCCACGGCCACGGCCGUUUACGAAGGGCUCAAAGGGGCCACCAUCUCGUCCCGCAUCGUUGAGACCGGCUUAGCAGAAGCUGGGUGGAGCGACGAAGCUCCAGUGUACUCGCAAAGAAAACAACAGCUGAUUCCCGCGACAUCAUACCACGGGUCUACUCCGCUGCCGACGCGCAACCACGUCUUUAGCUGCAUUGCGAUGCUCGAGACGGGCGUCGUCAACAUCCGGCCAGAGGAUCUAGAGAACGUGUUCGGCCUCUCCGCGGGGAACUCGCUCUUUGUGCUAUCGCAGUUCCUGACCGACCCGGCCGCGCAAGUGAGCUCGACAAGUGUCACCCGGCUCGUUGGCAACGUCGGGCGACCAGGAGUGAGCUUUCUGGUGCCCCCGUUUGCUAGGCCUCUGGUGCGGCCGCUGAGCACAUCAUACCACGCCGUGAGCUACGAGCCGUUUGACGGGAAAUGGGAAGACAAUUUCGCCGGAACCUCGCUCCACCUUUCGUUCACAAAGAAUGAGUUCCCCAUCGACUACGGAGUCACGGGCAUCCGAGACCACCAGGUAUUCCUGGUCGAGAGCGUUAUCGCCGUCCACAAUAGCGGUGAGUGGGUAGCCGACGUGGACCUGCUCGGCGCCUUUGACAGCGGCGCAUUCACAUGCCUGCCCAUGCGCCGGACGCCGCCUGCUGCAAGCAGCGUCUGCAAGCACUCGGAUGCGCUCGUAGCCGAGGUGCGGCAAAACGUUACGUCUAUCGAUACCUGGGAGGAGGUGCUGGACAAGCCGCCCGGACUCUCUGUCGUGCGUGCCCAGAAUAAUUGGCCAGCAAGGCUGGCGGUGGUGGCCGUGUUGUGGCAAACGCGAGGCGACAGGGCGGAUGUGGUAGCUGAAGACGAGCUUGAGACUUCCUCGACGCUAAGCCCUCCUACCUGUUCUCCGCAAAGCCCGAACCACGAUUUUGCAGUCUUAGGGAACAAUAAUGACGCUUGCCACAUCUGUGUCUAUCGGCAACUCAAGAAGGCACUCAAUCACAAGCCCCGGAUCCGUACUACAACUUGCUAA